AUGCCAGAAAGCUCUAGAGAAAAGGGAAACGCGGCAAUCAGCGGUAAUCGCUCUGUACUUUCUAUUGCAUCCCCAACAAAGCUGAACAUACUAUCUUCGGAUUGGUCUAGAAAGCAAGGUAAGGUUUCUAAACAUUCUUUGAAAAGAUCGAAUUCAUUGAACAUCAGAAGUACCAAAAGUACCAGUUUGCAAUCCUCUGCCAAUUCUAUAUACACAAGGCCUAAAAUUACAAUUGGUGCACCACCUUUAAUUAGGCGAGACUCUUCUUUUUUCAAAGAUGAAUUCGAAGCCAAGAAAGACAAACCAACUUUUUCGGCAUAUUCCUCACGUUCAUAUCCAACAAUUGGACCUGACAAUGUUGUUUCUCAAUCAUCUUUAUCCCAACCAACCACGUCCAGAGAACCAGAUGAACAAUUUACAGUAGCGGCUGACAGAUACAUUCCCAUUUUACAGGGAGCUUCGCAAAAUAAGGUCGAUCCUGAAACUUUGCACGAGGCAUUACCUCCUCCUAAUGCGUCCCCAAUCUCGCACUUAAGGGCGCAAACUAAGAUAGUAUUCAAACAAAAUGUUGCUGAAGCUUGUGGAUUAGAUAUGAACAGAAGAAUAUUACAAUACAUGCCUGAGCCACCGAAAUGCUCCUCCUCAAGACAAAAAAGCUACAUAUUGAAGAAAAGGACACAUUAUAGCUACCAACAGGAACAAAAAAUUCCUGAUUUGAUUAAACUAAGGAAGAUCAAUACAAAUCCAGAACGAAUUCUUGAUGCACCUGGUUUCCAAGAUGACUUCUAUUUAAACUUGCUAAGUUGGUCCAAAAAGAAUGUCUUAGCUAUCGCACUAGAUACUGCAUUAUAUCUGUGGAAUGCCACUUCCGGGGAUGUUUCAUUGUUAACUGACUUCGAAAACACCACGAUAUGCAGUGUUACUUGGUCUGAUGAUGAUUGUCAUAUCUCAAUCGGUAAAGAGGAUGGGAACACAGAAAUUUGGGACGUGGAGACCAUGUCAUUGAUUAGAACUAUGCGGUCAGGCUUAGGAGUACGCAUUGGCUCAUUAUCUUGGUUAGAUACCUUAAUCGCAACGGGCAGUCGUAGUGGAGAAAUUCAAAUUAAUGAUGUCAGAGUUAAACAACACAUUGUGUCUACAUGGGCAGAGCACACAGGUGAAGUUUGUGGUUUGAGCUACAAAAGUGACGGAUUACAACUUGCAUCUGGUGGUAAUGAUAACACUGUAAUGAUUUGGGACACUAGAACUUCUCUACCUCAGUUCUCAAAGAAAACGCAUAGUGCUGCUGUGAAAGCUCUAAGCUGGUGUCCUUACUCACCCAAUAUCUUAGCCUCUGGAGGUGGUCAAACAGAUAAACACAUUCAUUUUUGGAAUAGUAUCACAGGUGCAAGGGUUGGUUCAAUCAAUACCGGAUCCCAAGUGAGCUCUUUACAUUGGGGCCAAAGUUAUAUGUCCACAAGUGGCGGUACGAUGAAUAAAGAAAUCGUUGCAACAGGAGGUAAUCCAGAGAAUGCCAUCUCUGUCUAUAAUUACGAAACAAAAUUCAAGGUUGCUGAAGUUGUCCAUGCUCAUGAAGCAAGAAUAUGCUGUUCUCAAUUAUCCCCGGAUGGAACCACGCUGGCUACAGUAGGAGGUGAUGAAAACUUGAAAUUUUACAAAAUAUUUGAUCCAAGAGGUACAGGAAAACCUAGAGAAAAAGGACAAUUGAUGGAUGGUAUGCUAGGGAUGAUUGGCAAGGAAGGUUGUGGAACACAUGACAAAGAGAACUGUUCCAAAAACUCGAACGAAAUCCAUACAAGACGCCCUUCCAGCACAAGUCAGUUUUUGAUCAGGUAA